AUGUCGUCGUCGACCGUCGCGUCGCGCGCGAUCCCCCGCGCGCGGACGCGAUCCGUGGCGUGGCGCGCGCUCGUCCCCGGGUCCCGAGAAUUCGCGGCGCCGUCGGCGCGAGCAUCGCGUCGGACGUCCCGAGGAAGAGAUCGCGCCGCCGCCGCGGGCGCGGCGGUCGCGUUCGUGAAGCCCAAGGGCGAGUGGCCGAGGGUCAACGUCGCGGGCGAGCGCUCGUGGAAGGGCAUCCAGUUCGACGAGCUCUCGUUCGAGGUGAAGAAGUGCGAGGACGGCGCCGCGGCGACCGCGCUCGUGGACGAGUUCGUUCGAAGCGACGGACUCACCCCGGAGUUUCUCGAGACGUGCGUGGACCUGACCGUCCUCGCGCACAAGCAGAGACGCCCCGCGGAGGAGAUCGCGAUGCUCCAGGAGCUCGCGGUGUACCUCAUGCGAGAACACAGGCGGAGGGCGUGCCCGCCGGAGGUGUUCUUCGCGGACGAGCUCCUGCGAACGUUCGACUCCGAGACGGUCGCCGCCGCGAUGCGCGGCGACGAAGCCGCGUCCAUUCGCGUGCGCAACGUCCGCGACGCGCUCGUCCGCGCGUUCGAGCACGGCGUCGCGGACGUCGACGACCCGGACGACGACGCGCCGGCGGUGCGGUUGAGCCAGUCCGUGUUCAUGACGCACCUGGAGCGGACGCGGUUCCGUUGCGUCGAGGACGCGCGGAGGGAGAGGAGCGUCGCGAUGGACGUCGUCGGCGCCGACGAGUUGGGCGCGUUCUAUACACUGGUCCCCAUACGACCGCAGGUGAUGCGCGCGUACGAGCCCGCGGGGAUAGACACGAUGGAGGAGAUCAGGAUGAGCCGCGACGCGCUGUUGGAGGCGGCCUCGCGGGUGGAGACGCUCGCGAAGAUGUUCAAGGAACACGUGUGGAAGGGCGGAGGGGCGAGCGAAAGAUGA